ACUCCGGCCUCCCUUCUGUUCCUCUGCAAAUUUACAGAGCAAUUUCAUCUUGAACAGGAAGACUGCUCGAUUCUUUCUGGUGCAUUGCUGAGUGCCGACUGGUAUUGAUUGAGGAUGGCGGCAUCAUGAGGUAUAAAAAGCCCUAAUCUGCUCCGGCAAAACCCUAGCCUAAGCACUGGACUCGCUUUCUUCAAUCAACACAGUAACGUAAUACGGUCGUUCAAUCUCUCUCUCUCUCUCUAGUUUUUGUACUCAAUUUCCAUGGCAUCUCAUUGUAUUCCCGCUUCAUCGUUGUUCCCCCCAAUUUCCUUAUCACGUCGACUACAAUCUCGAAGAAUUAGAUACUCAGCUAACGUUAAUUCAUCAAUUACAUGUCAUCAUUGUAACUUAGAAACUGAGGAAGAAUCAAAAACUAAGAAAAUUGCGUUGAAUUUGCUCCAAAUCUCUGUAACUUUAACAAUAAUAUCAGCUUCGCUACCCCAGCCUGUAUUAGCAGCAAAAGUUUCGCAAAAAAAGCGUUCUCCAAAAAAAGUGGAUGCAUUAACGCCCCAAGAGUGGAAUAAAUGGUCACAAGGGCUACCUGUUGUGGCUAAACGAAUUCCAUAUACUGAUAUUUUGGAUCUGAAACGCGAUGGAAAGCUUAAGCACAUAAUUAAACCCCCUGGUAAAGGGUUGAAGGAAAGGCCUGUAGUUGUUUUAGCCGUUUUAGAGGAUUCGAAGGUUGCUAGAGUUGUGGUGCCAUCGGUAGAGAGUGAUAAAAAGUUUUGGGAAUCAUGGGAUGCAUUGGAGAUUGAUUCGAUAUGUGUUCAAGCGUAUACUCCCCCAGUUAAGAUGCCAGAUGUACCCCGUCCCUUUUUAGGGUUUUUAUCGAGAGUACCUUUGUGGAUGUAUUCAAUUGUGAAGCCGAAACCACAGUCAAAGAAGGUGUUGGAGUUGAGGAAGGCAAGGGAGGAGCUGAAGAAGAGUCGGAUUAACGAAAUGUUGAAUAGGAAGAAAGAAGUGACAAAUAUGGAGAAGGCAAAGAGAGCACAGAAGAAGAUGGAAGAGAGGAAGAAGAAGAUGGACGAACAAAAGCUUAGAAACGAGCAGUCCAUACAGUUAGCUCGUGGUAAAUACUACCGUGGGUCUAUCAUGUGGAGGAAACUGGCUGGUGACUCCAAUGUUACAUUGGGCGUUGGCUUGUUGUUUUUUUUCCUAUUCUACAAGACUGUGGUUUUAAAUUAUAAGAAGCAGAAAAAGGAUUAUGAGGAUAGGUUGAAGAUUGAGAAAGCCGAAGCCGAGGAGAAGAGGAAAAUGAGGGACUUAGAGAGGGGGAUGGCAGGACUUGAAGACGAUGAGGAGGAAGAAGGAAAACAGGGUGAGGAUAACCCCUACAUGAAGAUGGCUGCACAGUUUAUGAAAUCUGGUGCUCGGGUUCGCCGUGCAAAAAAGAAACUUUCUCAGUACUUAGAAAAAGAUGUGGAUGUGAAGUUCACAGAUGUUGCUGGGCUUGGGAAAAUACGACUUGAGCUGGAGGAGAUUGUGAAGUUCUUCACACAUGGGGAAAUAUACCGCAGGCGAGGAGUCAAAAUACCAGGCGGUAUACUUCUUUGUGGCCCACCCGGAGUGGGAAAGACUUUGUUAGCAAAAGCAGUUGCUGGUGAGGCAGGUGUAAACUUUUUUUCUAUUUCUGCAUCCCAGUUUGUGGAAAUAUACGUUGGAGUUGGUGCAUCACGUGUCCGAGCACUCUAUCAAGAAGCAAGGGAGAGUGCUCCAUCUGUUGUCUUUAUUGAUGAACUGGAUGCCGUUGGAAGGGAACGUGGUUUAAUAAAGGGUUCUGGUGGACAAGAACGUGAUGCAACUCUAAAUCAGCUUCUUGUAUGCUUAGAUGGAUUCGAAGGCAGAGGAAACGUGAUCACUAUUGCUUCCACGAACAGACCAGAUAUCCUGGAUCCUGCACUUGUGAGACCAGGGCGCUUUGAUAGAAAAAUAUUUAUACCUAAACCAGGCCUAAUAGGACGGAUUGAGAUUUUGAAGGUGCAUGCUCGUAAGAAACCAAUGGCUGAAGAUGUGGACUAUGCGGCUGUUGCGGGUAUGGCUGAGGGAAUGGUUGGUGCUGAGUUAGCUAAUAUCGUCGAGGUUGCUGCAAUUAACAUGAUGCGUGAAGGAAGAACUGAGAUCACCACAGAUGACUUGUUACAAUCUGCACAAAUAGAAGAAAGAGGAAUGCUUGAUAAGAAGGAUAGGAGCCCUGAAAUUUGGAGGCAAGUGGCUAUCAAUGAAGCAGCUAUGGCUGUUGUCGCAAUGAAUUUCCAUGAUCUUAAGAAUAUUGAAUUUAUUAAUAUUGCUCCAAGAGCUGGUAGGGAAUUGGGCUAUGUGCGGGUGAAAAUGGAUCUCAUCAAAUUUGAGCAAGGAUUUAUGAGUCGGCAGUCGAUGUUAGAUCACAUUACUGUUCAACUAGCACCACGGGCAGCUGAUGAGAUUUGGCAUGGCAAGGGUCAGUUGAGUACAAUAUGGGCUGAAGCAGCAGACAUUGCUAGGUCAGCUGCACGGGCACUUGUUCUUGGUGGCCUUACAGACAGUUAUUAUGGUGUACCUAUCUCCUGGGCUGCGGAUCGAAUUAAUGACAUUGAUACUGAGGCAUUGCGGAUCAUGAAUACGAGUUACGAACGUGCAAAAAAGAUACUUGAGCAAAAUAGGAAACUCAUGGAUGCCGUUGUUGAUGCACUUGUUGAGAAGAGAAGUCUGAACAAGCAAGAAUUCAUGAAUCUAGUCGAGUUGCAUGGCUGCGUUCAACCGAGUCCGCCAAGCAUACUAGAUAUCAGGGCUAUAAAACGUGCACAGAUGCAAUCGAUGGUCGUGAAGCAGAAAGAAGAAGCUAAUCAGGCCAGCACGUGACGGAACAAAGCUUGACAAAGAUUUUGAACGUCUUAAAUGUUGAAGAAGUGAAUUUGGUGCUAUCUGAAAGGAGAGUCUGAAUUUGACAUUGAAAUAAUUGUUAGAACAGAGGUGGUUGGUUCGGU